ACGUUCAACGGAAGGAAAUCACAGAACAUAGCGCACAGUUGAGGACUUAAGUCUAGCAAUCGCUUGUACAGCACUACAACAAAAUCAUUUAGUUAAAAUAUUUAGUAUUUUCAAAAGUUGGUACUCAAAUUAUAUCUACACUGAGAGUCCAGGACAGAAAAGUAACGUGUACCGUUCCAGGAAGAAAACCACUAAAGAGGUUGAGUGCAAUCUUGUGCCGAAAUCAGAACAUUAUGGGAGCUGUCUUUGGGGCCUUUUCUGUCGCAAGCUGGGUGCCGUGUCUGUGUAGCAGUGCGACAUGCUUGCUGUGCAGGUGCUGUCCCCAGAGCAAGAACUCCACGGUGACACGUGUCAUCUACGCCUUCAUCCUGUUGCUAGGGACCAUUAUAGCCUGCAUCAUGCUGUCACCGGGAGUGGACGAGCAGCUAAAAAAGAUUCCUGGGUUCUGUGAAGACGGAGCAGGCUCUUCUAUCCCAGGAAUCCAUGCCAACAUGAACUGUGAGAUUUUUGUGGGCUAUAAAGCCGUGUACCGGGUGUGCUUCGGCAUGAGCAUGUGUUUCCUGGUGUUCGCUCUGAUUAUGAUCAACGUCAAGAACAGCCGGGACCCACGCUCUGCCAUCCACAACGGGUUUUGGUUCUUUAAGAUUGCCACCAUGGUUGCCGUGACAGUCGGUGCCUUUUAUAUCCCUGAGGGGCCUUUCACUCACCUGUGGUUCGUGGUGGGUACCUGUGGGGCGUUUUUCUUCAUCCUGAUCCAGCUGGUUCUGCUGGUGGAUUUUGCCCACUCCUGGAAUGAGUCCUGGGUGGAUAACAUGGAGAGUGGGAACUCCAGGGGCUGGUAUGCAGCCUUGCUUGCUGUAACUGGACUCAACUACAUCGUGUCAUUUAUCGCCGUUGUCCUGAUGUACCUGUUCUACACUCAGCCAAAGGGCUGUCUGCUCAACAAGUUCUUCAUCAGCUUCAACAUGAUUCUCUGUGCUGUAGCCUCUGUCGUGUCCAUCCUGCCCAGAGUACAGAAAUUCCAGCCCCGAUCCGGUCUACUCCAGUCCUCCUUCAUGACUAUGUACACCAUGUAUCUGACCUGGUCGGCCAUGACCAACGAGCCUGACCGUACAUGCAACCCCAGCCUGCUGAGCAUCUUCCAGCAGACACUGGUGCCCACGCUGGCCCCACUGGAGAUCGAGAACCAGACGACUGUGGUGAUCAUCGGCACUGAAGAGCCCAUCCUCUCCUCCCCCUAUCUGCAGUGGUGGGACACCCAGAGCAUUGUGGGAUUGGCCAUCUUCAUCCUUUGCAUCCUCUAUUCCAGCAUCCGCUCGUCCAACACCAGCCAGGUGAACAAGUUAACCAUGGCCUCUAACGACACAGUGAUCCUGGAGGAGAGUAAAGCGGGCACCCCGGACGAGGAGGGAGGGACGGGACCCAGGCGUGUGGAGGAUAACGAGAGGGACACGGUCCAGUACAGCUAUUUCUUCUUCCACUUCAUGCUCUUCCUGGCUUCACUCUACAUCAUGAUGACUCUCACCAACUGGUACAGUCCUGAUGCAGACUACAAUGCCAUGACCAGCAAGUGGCCGGCGGUUUGGGUGAAGAUCUCCUCCAGUUGGGUGUGCCUUACCCUCUAUACCUGGACCGUGGUCGCCCCGAUGAUACUCACCAACCGGGACUUUAGCUGAGAACGGUUCCACCAACGCAGUAUUUUCUUUUCACGUUCCUUAUUGUGAUUCCUGAUUUAGCAAAGAAAAAAAAAGUGUGUUUUACAUUGACCACGUGGCCUAGAUUUCAAAUGAUUUCCUGUCAAAAUGACCUGUUUUGUUUUAUGUAUUAGAUGUUGAUGGUUUCUCAUUAAAAAAUCUCUUUAGUUGGCUUUUAGAUGCAUUAGAAGAAAUAGAUUCACAUAUGAACCUGGUGUUAAAUCGCUAACCUUGUUGGUUCAUUUGAAGGUUGACAGAUGUGUUUUUUGGUCAAUUUUGUACAAUUAGGGACCAAAUCGUGUAUUGAUGGUUGACCUUUAUGUCAAAAGAACAUUUUUACAUUUUCCUUUUUUUUUUGUACAUUCUCUCAAUGUAAAUUCAUCUUUGACUGACUAACAUUCCAAACCAACUAUAAGAAUGUAAGAUCCUUUAUCUCUUGAGUAAAUAUACACUGAGUAUACCAAACAUUAGGAACACCUUCCUAAUACUGAGUUGGACCCCCCCCCCCCUUUUGGACUCAGAACAGCCUCAAUUUGUUGGGGCAUGGACUC